GAGUUAAUAUCACUCCGCUCUUUACCUCCAACCCCCAGUUAGAUCAAUUAAUUCGCGCACCCAUCUCCUCUCUCUCACGCUGGUCUCUCACAGUGAACCGCUGGACAGCUCCCGUUACUGGUGAUCCGAAGCCCGCAUGUCCUUUCCCAAGGGGGGUUUCUACCGCGCUACGCUCGGAGCACUGCCGCGGUAAAAAAAAGAUGAAUAACUAAACGGUUUUAGUUGUUUCUUCAUAACUUGGAAACUACCACCGACGUACCUGACUGCUUUUUGUUGCUAUUGGGAGAUUCAUUGUGCAACCGGUUCCAUACGCACUGCGCUCAUGAAUUGAUUCGUGGGUCGUGUGGUUUUUAGAAAAGGAUUUUUGUGAUAGUGGGACUAGUGUCGCUCAGCGGUGAAUCGGAAUCAUGGAGGGAUCAUUUGGAUGUAUUUGGGUGAAAAUACUUUCGGUAUUUGUCUGGUUAUGCUAUCUCACCGGUGAUUCACCAUCAUAUGGUGCACAGUCCUCCUCAUCGUCCCAGGUGUUCGUGGACUUCAGCUUCGUUCUGGAACCCCAGGACACGGUGACAUUACGGGGCGGUGUUCUUCAGCUGGACUGUGAGGCUCAGUCAGACCAGGGUAUUCCAAUCAUCAUCUGGAAGAAGGACGGGGUGCUGCUCAGCGCCGUGGUGGACGAGAGGAGACAGCAGCUCCCUAACGGGUCUCUGGUGGUCCAGAACGUGGUCCAUUCACGACACCACCGACCUGACGAGGGGCUCUACCAGUGUCUGGCCAGGCUGGAUGGGGUGGGGGCCAUCGUCAGCAGAACGGCUCAAGUGACUGUUUCUGGUCCGUUGAAGCUCGUGGUCCCUACAGAGUCAGUGUCCUCCUACCUGGGUGACACGGCCCUGCUGCGCUGUGAGGUGACUGGUGAUCCCAUGCCCGUGGUACGCUGGCAGAAGAACAGAGAGGACCUGCCCCUCACCUUAACCCCAGAGAGCAGAGUGGUGGUACUGCCCUCCGGAUCGCUCCAGGUUAGCAAGGUUCAACCACCAGACUCUGCCACCUACCGCUGCCUGGCAGACAACCCUGGCAGUGCCCGCACCGGCAGCGACGCAGACCUACGUGUGUUGCCAGAACCUGGAACCGCCAGGGGCCUUCUGUUUCUCCAGAAGCCCCAGAGAGUCACCUCCCUCCUGGGGAGAGAUGCUGUGUUGGAGUGCUCCGCCUCUGGGUUCCCCACCCCCGCCUUCCACUGGAUGAGAGGAGCCGAGAGGAUACAGAGCAGGUCUAAGAAGUACUCCCUGCUGGGCGGCAGUAACCUCCUGAUCAGCAGCGUAACAGACGAUGAUUCAGGCUCUUACAGCUGCGUGGCGUUUAACAAGAACCAGAACAUCACGGCUUCCUGCGAGCUGUCCGUCCUCGUGCCACCCCAGUUCCUGAACUACCCCACCAACACGUAUGCCUAUGAGAGUACGGACAUGGAGCUGGAGUGUGCUGUAACGGGGAACCCUCCUCCUACGGUGCGCUGGAUGAAGAACGGAGAGGAGGUCAUCCCCAGUGACUACUUCCAGAUCGUUGAUGGCAGUAACCUCCAGAUCCUUGGUCUGGUGAAGUCAGAUGAAGGUUUCUAUCAGUGUGUGGCUGAGAACGAAGCAGGGAACGCCCAGGCUAUGGCCCAGCUCAUACUGAGAGAGUCAGUUGUCCCCAGCUCAGGUGUCCUCCUCCCCUCUGCUCCCCGUGACGUGGUCCCUGUCCUAGUUUCCAGCCGUUUUGUCCGCCUCAGCUGGCGCCCCCCGCAGGAGACCAGAGGAACUGUCCAGACUUACGGCAUCUACUACUCACAGGACACGGUCAACAGGGAGAGGUCUGUGAACGUGUCGGAGCCAGAGACCCUCCAGAUGACUGUCAGUAACCUGAAGCCAGAGGAGACCUACUCCUUCAGAGUGGUGGCCUACAACGACAACGGCCCCGGAGAGAGAUCCGAGACACUCAAACUCACCACGCAGCCUGAGUUGCAGGUCCCCGGGCCGGUGGAGAACCUCCAGGUAGUGUCCAUCUCUCCCACCUCCAUCCAGGCCUCCUGGGACGCCCCGGGCUACGCCAACGGGCCCCUGCUGGGGUACAGACUGCUCUGGACCGAGACACCCUCUGGGAAGGAACAGAGUGUGGAGGUGAACGGGCAGAGUUAUAAGAUGGAGGGGCUGAAGAAGUUCACAGAGUACUCGUUGCGUGUCUUGGCAUUGAACCGUUAUGGCCCUGGGGUCACCACAGACGACAUGAGCAUCACCACGCUAUCUGAUGUGCCAAGUGCUCCACCACAAAACAUCUCCCUGGAAGUCGUCCUCUCAAGAAGCAUUAAGGUGAGCUGGCAGCCCCCUCCUCCCAACAGCCAGAACGGGUUCAUCACCGGCUAUAAGCUCCGACACCGGAAGACCGGUCGACGAGGAGACCAGGAGGCCAUCGAACCUAACAACUUCUGGUACCUGUUCACAGGGCCCACAGCUGCCAACAGGGCCCACAGGUGUCAACAGGGCCCACAGGUACCAACAGGGCCCACAGGUGUCAACAGGGCCCACAGCUGCCAACAGGGCCCACAGGUGUCAACAGGGCCCACAGGUGUCAACAGGGCCCACAGGUACCAACAGGGCCCACAGGUGUCAACAGGGUCCACAGGUGCCAACAGGGCCCACAGCUGCCAACAGGGCCCACAGGUGCCAACAGGGCCCACAGGUGCCAACAGGGCCCACAGGUACCAACAGGGCCCACAGGUGCCAACAGGGCCCACAGGUGCCAACAGGGCCCACAGGUACCAACAGGGCCCACAGCUGCCAACAGGGCCCACAGGUGCCAACAGGGCCCACAGGUGUCAACAGGGCCCACAGGUGUCAACAGGGCCCACAGGUGCCAACAGGGCCCACAGUCACCAACAGGGCCCACAGGUGUCAACAGGGCCCACAGCUGCCAACAGGGUCCACAGGUGCCAACAGGGCCCACAGGUGCCAACAGGGCCCACAGGUGUCAACAGGGCCCACAGGUGCCAACAGGGCCCACAGGUACCAACAGGGCCCACAGGUACCAACAGGGCCCACAGCUGCCAACAGGGCCCACAGGUGCCAACAGGGCCCACAGGUGUCAACAGGGCCCACAGGUGUCAACAGGGCCCACAGGUGCCAACAGGGCCCACAGGCACCAACAGGGCCCACAGGUGUCAACAGGGCCCACAGCUGCCAACAGGGUCCACAGGUGCCAACAGGGCCCACAGGUGCCAACAGGGCCCACAGGUGUCAACAGGGCCCACAGGUGCCAACAGGGCCCACAGGUACCAACAGGGCCCACAGGUACCAACAGGGCCCACAGCUGCCAACAGGGCCCACAGGUGUCAACAGGGCCCACAGGUGUCAACAGGGUCCACAGGUACCAACAGGGCCCACAGGUGUCAACUGGGCCCACAGGUGCCAACAGGGCCCACAGGUGUCAACAGGGCCCACAGGUACCAACAGGGCCCACAGGUGUCAACAGGGCCCACAGAGAGCCAAGUCCCGAAUCAACCGAGUUCCCUCCACGUUCGACCCCUGCCCAACAGCAUCAUCAUGAGCUGGACUCCUCCCCUCAACCCCAACAUCCUAGUACGGGGCUACAUCAUUGGCUACGGAGUAGGAAGUCCCUACGCCGAGACGGUCAGGGUGGACAGUAAGCAGCGAUACUACGCCAUAGAAAACCUGGAGCCCAGUUCCCACUAUGUCAUCUCCCUGAAAGCCUUCAACAAUGCAGGAGAAGGGGUCCCUCUGUACGAGAGCGCUGUGACCAGAUCUUUAACAGACCCCAUUGAUCCGUCAGACGACGAUCUGUUCCAUCUGUUUGAUAAAUAUCCUACUCCCAUACCAGAUACAUCCACCCCCAUGAUCCCCCCAGUAGGUGUCCAGGCCGUGGCCCUGACCCCAGACUCUGUCAGGGUCAGCUGGGCAGACAACUCCAUGACCAAGAACCAGAAGAGCACUGAGGUUCGCUACUACUCCGUCAAGUGGAAGACCAGCUACUCUACUAGCGGGAAGUUCAAGUCUGCAGACACAACAGCCCUCAGCCACUCCGUCACUGGCCUUAAGCCAAACACCAUGUACGAGUUCGCUGUCAUGGUUACCAAGGGCCGCAAGUCUAGCACGUGGAGUAUGACCGCUCAUGCCACCACUUACGAAGCAGCUCCCAGCUCCGCCCCCAAGGACCUGACGGUAAUCAGUCGUGAGGGGAGACCCAGAGCUAUUCUGAUUAGCUGGCAACCCCCCAUGGAGACUAACGGACGGAUCAUGGGCUAUAUCCUGUAUUACACCCUGGAUAAGAACAUGCCUAUAGAUGACUGGGUAAUGGAGAGUAUCAGUGGAGACCGUCUGACCCACCAGGUGAUGGACCUGAACCUGGACACCGUCUACUACUUCAGGAUCCAGGCUAAGAAUGCCAAGGGAGUGGGUCCCCUGUCAGACCCCAUCCACUUCAGGACGAACAAAGUGGAACAUCCAGACAAGAUGGCCAACGAUCAAGGUCGCCAUGGAGAUGGCGGCUACUGGCCUUCUGACAACAACCUGAUUGAUAGGAGCAGUUUGAACGACAUUGAUCAGAUGCGUCCUCCUCACGGCAGCGUGACUCCCCAGAAGAACAGCAACCUUCUGGUCAUCAUCGUGGUCUCCGUCGGUGCCGUUACCGUGGUAGUGGUUGUCAUAGUAGCGCUGAUCUGCACCCGGCGCUCCUCCGCACAACAGAGGAAGAAGCGUGCCACCCACAGUACAGGGAAGAGAAAAGGUAGUCAGAAGGACCUGAGACCUCCAGACCUGUGGAUCCAUCAUGAGGAGAUGGAACUGAAGAACUUGGAGAAGCCUGCCAGCGCCGCCCCCUCCGGACGCGAUUCGCCCAUCCAGGGUUCUAUCCAGGAUAUCAGGUCUCAGUCUGUCAGUCACAGCCAAUCAGGGAGCCAGAUGGGCAGUAAGAGCAGCCACUCAGGCGGAGACAACGAUGAGGCUUCCAGCUGCAUCUCAACGUUAGAGCGCUCUCUAGCUGACAGGAGGGCGACGCGUACCAAGCUGUUGAUCCCCAUGGACUCUCAGCCUUGCAACACCACUGUUGUCAGUGCCAUCCCAGUGCCAACCCUGGAGGGUAACCAGUACCCUGGCAUUCUGUCCUCGCCCACCUGCGGGUACAGCCAUGGUACUUUGACCACUCACCCCAAGUUCACCCUGAGACCGAUGCCCUUCCCCAGCCUCACCGUGGACCGCAGCUACACAGCAAGUGGAACGAUAUCGACAGAGGGCAGCACCACGCUGGGGGUACAGCAGACCUUGAUCAGCAGCAGUAGCAGUAAGCCAGGUGUAGGAGGUAAAGGGGACCUUUCUCUCCCUGGCACAGAGGAGGUCGGAGGUACCUCGACCCGUACCAUCCCCACCGCCUGCGUCAGGCCCACGCACCCCCUACGAAGCUUCGCCAAUCCCCUCCUGCCUCCACCCAUGGGCACCAUCGACCCCAAGGUCUACACACCCAUGAUGCCACAUUCAAGUGCCAGCCUUCCCAAGCCAACAGUAAAAACAGCAUCUCUGGGGCAAGCUGGCAAGGCCAGAUCACCACUACUACCGGUCUCCGUGCCAACAGCCCCCGAGAUGGGUGAAGAGGGACAGCAGCAACCAGAUGACUCAGCCAAUGUUUACGAACAAGACGACUUGAGUGAACAGAUGGCGAGCCUAGAGGGACUCAUGAAGCAACUCAACGCCAUCACUGGCUCGGCCUUUUAACCCCAGCAGCCCUGGCAGAGAGUCCCACCCAGCCAGUCAGACCUUAACAGCAGCAGCACAGACAGAUAGCAGUACCACUAGAAGAAGCAGGAACACAGAAACAAGGGGCAGGGCACA